AUAAUAGCGCUGGUUGUCACAGUGAGUGAACAGGAAGAUUCAGCACUACAGAACCCAAGAUGAUCAACUGGAAGGCUUUGGACAAUGUCCCCGUCCUCCUGUACAUCCUGGCCCUGAAGACGCUCCUGCUGUGCUUGGCGUUCGCCGGGGUGAAGAUCUACCAGAGUAAGAAAGCAGAGGAGGCCCUGAAGAAGCAGCAGGCCGAGAGGAGGCGGCUGGCCCAGCAGACCCAGGAGCUCAUCGACAACAAGAAGGACGACUGAGCAGCGAGGAGAAGCUGCUGCACACAGGGAAACAAGUUACUAACCGGAGUAACAAGCCACUCUCUCCAAAUAUGAGCCAGAUGUCUGUCAGCAACUGGACUUUCCUGUGCUUCAGGAAGGCGUCAGUGGUUCCAGUGCCAGGACUGUUCACCACGUCAGUUUUCUAUAUGUCUUGUGUAACUGUUGGACUGAACCAUAUUUUUUUAUAAGAUGAAAUUAGAGCAGAAGCCACAGUGAAAGAACCAUAGCAGGCUCAGCGUCAAACAUCCACUCCCCAAACAUCUUCUGCCUUGAGUGCAACACCGUGAGCUUCGUUUUGUAGGACGAUCAAAGCGUGGCUUAUUUAUAUGAGCACAGCAUUCUGUUCAGUUUAUCAUAUUCUUUGUAAAUGUUGAACCAGCUUUGUGGCAAAUUUUUGUAAUUAUAUGAAAUAGUUUCUUCAACAUGCUACAGUGCUGUUCACGCCCACACCGUUCACCACGCCGCCAUUUUUGCUUUUUGACUUAAAUGUCACUCAGUGUUUUCACUCCCCAGACCGCCACACAGGUGACAGUGUGUUGUACUUGCAGAAAUCCACCACUCUGUUUGCGUAUUUAUUUGUUUAAUGGUAAAUAAAAGCGACUUUUCAUCCCUUAUAUUCUUCUC